CAAAAUUGGGCUCCUGUCAGCCACAGCUAGUGUGGCCAUGAAGCGCGAUGCCUACACCCGGCGAACCUCUUCGAGUGUUGGUGGUGGGCGCUGGUUUGGGCACCAAUGCUGGCCUAGGCUUGGAGGUUCCGCUGGCGCACGGGAAGUUUUUGACGGACGGAGCUGGCGGUGUGGUGGCGGUCUCACAGGAGGAGCGCGCCCGGCGCGCAUCAUGCGUAUCCUUCCCUGGCUUCAUGGGAGAGGAGUUCUGGUACCUUUGGGAGCGCCAGGAGGGCUACCUGGGCAAUGGCGGCUUCAUCUACGGCGCGUUGUUGCAAGAUCCCAAGCUGUUGGUGGACAUGCUUCAGCAUCCCGUCACCCAGGCAGACAAGGACUUGGUCGUCAGCGCUCGCGGUGAGGAGGCAGCCGGGCUCCUUGCUGCAGAGGCCGCAGAGCUGCGAACAGGCGCCUGCGUGUCCUAUGCGGCAGCCAUCGGGGUGCUGCUGGGUACGGGGAGGUACGAUGUAGUUUUGGCCGCUUCCAAAGGCAUCAGUGAGCUUUUGCUGACUGUGCGGCAGGGAUCAAGAGUGCCGCUGGUGCUGCUGAAUGGCGCGGAGCCUCCUGCCGCCAUGGACAUCGGGGAGCUGAAGAUGGGGCCUCACUUCGGCGCCUUGGGCGCAGAGUUCCUGGGUUGCCAGGCACGGCGGCUGGUCCUCACCAGCCAUGGCGCAGAGGUGUCUCUGCAUCUUCGGGCAAAGCUGCGCGAAGCUGCGGCAACAGCACCAGGCCAGCAAGUGUUGGUGUACGCGGCGCUGGACCACCGGUGCCUACCAAACCGGGAAUGCCACUCCCUUCCGUGGUCCUUGACCUUUCCGAAGUGCUGGCAUUCAGGUUUCGGAAAGCCGCCGCGCCUCGUCUCCCCGAGUGGCGCCACCAUGGAGAAAGCAGGGGACGUCCCGCUGGUGCAACUGCUGUGCUGGGCCGCUGGGAGGGUUGACCACGUGGCGUUGCCGCCCUUCCCAGGGCCUCGUCGGUUUGCCGAGCUGCGUGUUGAGGGGACACGUCCGGGCGACUGGGGGCGGCUGAUGUUGGCUCCGACGUUGGGGGUGACUUGGGCGGCGCCACGGGCGCUGCACUGGGGCCCCAAGGCAGAGGUCUACGAUAUCCUGUUCGACGCGCAGGUGAUGGAGAUGCAGGUGGUGGUGAAACAUGUGCAGACAGGGCAGCAGACGUCAGUCGCUGAUAUCCUCGCGAAGGAAGGCCAGCGUGCUACCCGCUUGGUGCGCUUUUUCCGGUACUACCAGGACAAAUCUGCGGUCAUACGCGGCCACCUCGACACUGGCUCCCAUGGAGAGUCUGACGCAAUGCUGAUGAUCCAUGAGAUGCUGGCGAUGAACAAGAACUUGGGGAACUUUCUGUGGACGGGCUUCGUGAACCCCGCUACCGCCACUCCCCGCUUCGGCUGCGACCUCCUGGAGCUUGUCGUGGAGGUGGAGCUGGCGCGGUUGGGCGGCCCCUACCGCGGGUACCGCGCAGCCCUGCUGGAGGCGGAGCAUUGCCUCCAGGGCCAGCACAGCCUUCUGGGCUGCCUGGACGACUUCCUGGCGCGAAAGUGCGCGGAGCUCCGGGAGCAGCGCCGGACGCGGCCGGGAUCGGCGCAGGAGGAGGAGGAAUACUUCAAGAGCCACUGUGUCAAAGAGCUGGAGGGCUAUGUCCGCCGGGAACUCACCAUUGAUCAGAACAUCCCCUUGGGCGAGGUGCAGCAGCAGAUUGCAGCACUGAAGGAGGAGCUAGGCAUUGCAGAAGUGGAGAAGGAGUUAGGAAGUAGCUAUGGCCACAGCAGCAACUUCCGAUUCUUCGCGGACGGCAAAGCCUGGCUUUCCGCCGGCUGCGAGGAGGAGGACUUUGACCACGUGCGCCGCUACGUGCAAAACAACCUUGGUUCCUUGGACUUCCUCACAGAGCACCAGGAGCUGACAGAUGCAAUAGCGAGGUACCAAAAGAUCCCCGAAGAGAUUGUGCCACCUCAGUUCUUCGAGAGGAACGGCUAUUGUGUCAGGGCCUACCGUAAGUUUGGUGCUGUGGCCCAGCAGUUCAGCGGUGGCGGCUGGGCCAACUUCGCGGUAGCGCCCUUCCGCCCGAAGCAGGUUUGGGUGCGUGGCUUUGGGCCGGCAGAGACGAAGUCCGAGAUCUUUGGGCACCUGCAGGAGCUGCCCCGGGAGAUCGGCCGAGGCGGCACCACGGGCCGCCUCUACUUCUACGAUGUGGACCUCCGAAGCGGCUCCCAUGCAACGGCUCCCUUGUACAACGCCGUGCAGGUGAAUCGGGCCUCCUGGUGGGAGCCGGAACUCUAUGCCCUCCUGGCUCAAGAUCUGGCGACAGACGAUGAGCAAUGCGCAGUCUAUGAGACAGAAGCAGACUACUUGAAGACUGUGCUCCGCACGGUUUUCGAACAAGAGCUGGCGGCAGCCAAGAACUUGUGGGCAGCUGGCAUCAAGAAGGACGGUCUGCGCAGAGGCGCUCGGGACUUUCCGGCGCUGGGAUCGCUGCAGUCGGAAGAUCCGGAGCUGGAGGAGCUGCUGAGGCCCGUGGUGCUCGCGAACGUGGCCAUGCAGGAGCAGAAGGCAGCGGGCAGCUUCAGCAUGGGGCCCACCAACGCCAAGCGAGUGGCCUCCACUGGGAACUUCACCCCAGAGUGCCGACAGGAUAUUUAUCAGUACUUUCUCUCCAGUAUGGAUGCAUCUGAUGCAUCACUGCCCUUGCCCUGCAAGAGGCAGAUGGUGACCAUCAUGAAUCGCGGCCUCCGCAGCUGCCCGCAGCUGGCCUGGGGUCAGCUGGGCGCCCGACAGACUCUGGAGCUGCGGCGCCAAGCACGGCGCGCGGCGGCUGAGCAGUUGAACUCAGGUGGCGACCUGCUUGGCUUCCGCCGGCGGCUGGCGCACCGAGUUGCCUCUUACAACACCUUCACGAGCCUACAGACCGAGGCAAGAACUGCCUGGAGACGCGGUUAAUGGGUGGCCACAGUGUGAAGGUUUUCAAAAGCACAAGCAACACCCUGAAGCAGGCUGAGCCUGCUCCUGUAUUCGCAUGCCGUCACAAUAUCCGCGACGUGGGUUUGGGGAGGCUCAUGCCCGAAUUGAAAUGCUGCGGCCGGCGAAAGAGUCACGUUCGAAUGAUCCUGAAGGUCAAUGCCAUGCUUGCGGCGCUGGCCUGCUGCACAUGAGUGUGGG